AAACACUAUCAAAAAUCAACAUACAUACAAUAUGAAAACUCAACAUUGAUGGCAUCUUCAUCAUCUUCUCCUUUGGCUCAGGUCUAUUAUUCUCAGGUGUGGAAAUAUCAUGUUUUUAUUAGUUUUAGAGGAGAAGAUACUCGUAAGACUUUUGUGGAUCAUCUUUACACAGCUCUCGUAGAAAAGGGGAUCUACACUUACAAGGACGAUGAAACACUUUCUCCGGGUGAAUUAAUUGGUGCAUCUCUUAUGAAGGCCAUCGAAGAAUCACAGAUCGCCGUCAUUGUAUUCUCUAAAAACUAUGCAAAUUCUUCAUGGUGCUUAAAUGAACUUGCAUGUAUUAUGAAAUGCAGGAAAAUGAAAGGCCAAAUUGUUAUGCCCAUAUUUUAUGAUGUGAAUCCCUUUGAAGUACGAAAACAAAAACGAAAAUAUGGAGAAGCAUUUGCCAACCAAGAGUUGGAGAACAAGAAGAAAAUUAAAUCUUGGAGACAAGCAUUUCUGGAUGACCCUUGGGGAUGGCUCUCUGCACCACGAGAACAAAUCUGGAAACUCCAAGAAGCCUUGGCCAGGCAUGAGCUGGAGAACAAGACCAAGAUUGAUUCUUGGAGAAGAGCACUUGUGGAUGCAAGUAACAUUUCUGGAUGGGAACCCCAACACAUUGCCAAUGGGCAUGAGUCAAAGUCCAUUAAAAAUAUUGUUGACACAAUUUCACGCAGGUUGCAUCCAAUAAAUUCAAGUGUGGAUUAAGUCUAGUUGGAGUACAAGCUCUUAGCAUAACAAGUUGUUUGACUCUUUUUCUAUUAGGCCUUAUGUUUAACAAUUUAGCUAGGUUAAUCUUAGAUAAUGUUAGUAUUUAUAGUAUUAUUUAUCUUUCUUCGUAAAUACAAGCUUCCUUUCAAUAUUGAAGUACUUCUAAUCAGGGUUGGUCCGUCGAUUUUAGGGCCCUAUGCUACAAAAUGGGCCCGGAAAUAUAAUAUUUUUACUUAUAACAAAAAUUCAUUAAUUCUAUAAUAAUUGACUAAAUCUAAAUAUUGAAUACAGAACAAUAUUAAUAACAGUGUAGAUUUGAAAAAAGAAAUAAAUGAUUAAAAAAAUAUGGAGAAUUAUGAAUUGUAAUUACUAAGAGAGAGAGAGAGAGAGAUGGUUCUUGUUCCCUUGCGUGUCCAAAUACCAAGAACUCAAACAAAUUAAUGGGCUAUAAGGGUGUGUUUGGUAUAAAAAAAAUAGAAUUACAGCAGAGAAGGAAAAUUAACUUUCCCGUUUGAUAGAAUUAAGAAUCCACUAGAGAAAUAUUUUUAAUAAUUAUUUUUCUUGUUUGGUUGCAUUAAGAAAUCAAAUGAAAAUGUGUUUUUUACCUUGUUUAUUAAUUUUCAAACAAUACUUUUUACAAA